AUGGCCAACAAGACGGUGAAGGAGGCGGUGACGGUGCACGGCACCAAUCCGCAGUACCUCGUCGAGAAGAUCAUCCGCACCCGCAUCUACGAGAGCCGCUACUGGAAGGAGGACUGCUUUGCCCUUUCAGCCGACCUGGUGGUCGACAAGGGCGCUGAUCUGCGCUACAUCGGCGGCAUCUACAGCGGCAACAUCAAGCCGACGCCCUUCCUCUGUCUGACGCUGAAGCUGCUGCAGCUGCAGCCGGAGAAGGACAUUAUCAUCGAGUUCAUUAGGCAGGAGAACUUUAAGUACAUACGCGCCCUGGGCGCCUUUUACCUUCGCCUGACGAGCAACUCGCUGGACGUGUACAAGUACCUGGAGCCGCUGUACAAUGACUACCGAAAGCUGCGGCGAAUGUCCAAGAUGGGCACCUUUGAUCUCAUUUACAUGGACGAAUUUGUGGACAUGCUGCUGCGCGAAGACCGCGUUUUUGACGUCAUCCUCCCGCGACUGACGAAGCGCUUUCUGCACGUCGAAAACGGCGAGCUGGAGAAGCGGGUCAGCCUGAUUGACGAAGAUCUCGAACUGGAGGGUGGUGAAGAAAAGGACGACGAAGAGAAUGAAGAGAAGAAGAAGGAG